AUGGCAUCUGUGGGAGAGGAGAACCACACAGCACUGACAGAAUUCAUCCUGCUGGGAUUCAGGAGUGGUCCUGGGACUCAGGUGCUGCCUUUUGUGGUGUUCUUUGUGAUUUACAUGACAACCGUGCUAGGGAACAUUAUCUUGGUUCUCAUCAUUCGAAUCGACCCUCGCCUUCACACCCCCAUGUAUUUCUUCCUCAUGAACCUGUCUCUCUUAGACCUCUGCUACUCCUCAACCAUUGCCCCCAAAGCCAUGGACAGCUUCCUGCAAGGCAGGAAAACCAUUUCCUACAAUGGAUGUGCUGCACAGUUAUUCUUUUUUGCUCUCUUUGGCAGCACAGAAACAUUCAUCCUGGCAGCAAUGGCAUAUGACCGAUACAUAGCCAUCUGCCACCCACUCCUCUAUCCUGUCACCAUGUCCAAAAGAGUCUGCUUUCAGCUCAUCAUGGGCUCCUAUAUCGGUGCUGGCACAACUUCUAUAGUGCAAACCAGCUUCACCUUUGCACUGAGCUACUGUGGAGCUAAAGAAAUCAACCAUUUCUUCUGUGAUGUUCUCCCCUUGCUAAGCCUUUCCUGCACUGAUAAACACAUCAACGUAUUGCUAUUAUUUGCUUUAUCUGGCCUCGUCAUAGUGAGCACAUCAGGAAUCAUCCUCAUCUCCUAUGCCUACAUCAUCUAUGCCAUUCUCAGGAUUCGCUCUGCCAAGGGAAGACUCAAGACCUUAUCCACCUGCUCCUCCCACAUGGUGGCUGUGGCUUUAUUUUUUGGGACGGUUUCCUUUAUGUAUGCCCAGCCGGGUUCUCUGUCUUCCCCACAUCGGAGCAAGGUGGUGUCUGUGUUCUACACCCUUGUCAUCCCCAUGUUGAAUCCCAUCAUCUACAGCCUCAGGAACAAAGAUGUGAAAGAUGCUUUGAGGAAGACUGUAAGUGGGAUAAUGACUUCAAAGUAA